UUUUUUGGUAAAAUCAUCCUACUAUGACUGAAUCUAACACAAAAGACUACGCUCAUCUCGAAACAAGGAACAGUUCCUUUGAAGGUAAGCCAAAUGCAUUGUGCAAUUAUAAAUGUUUUCUCUCUCACACAUUAAUGAUUUAGAAGAAUCAGAACAUAAUGUUACUGAUUACUUACUACCGAAAGAACAUGUUCCUGGAAGUGAUCUAAUAAGCAAGGCAGUACUAAAUGAUACCAGAAUUAUCAAUAUUAUCAGUAAAAGUUUGGUUAGCGCCUCAGAAGAUCAAUAUACCGCUGCACCAAAUGGAUUCCUGAACAAAUGUGCUUGCGAUGUUCUAUAUCUUCCUAAAACCAUCAACAGUGAAUACCCUCCAAUAAUGAUAGAGGUUCAAAAGGAUAUCAAUGAAAAGUACAUGUGUCGUGCAGUAAAAUAUUCUACUUUGGUAUAUGAAAAAUAUGAAAAAUAUCCAGUUGUUUUAAUAGUUGGUGUAUCCAGCGUAACCGCGUUAGUAAACAACAUACUAGCUCCUGCCACAAGUCAUCCAUUUAGUAAAGAAAUUUCCAGUCUGUUUUGGGCAAAACGUUGUCUUCUAAUGUCAUCAACAACUCUAUCAACAGUUGAAUCAAGUCAACAAUUGGAUCCUUUAGCGGCAAUUGGUUUAUUUUUGUGUUCUCAAAAACUUUCCAUAACACAUCUUGUAAGUGGUGGUCAAGAUGCAACGAUGAAACUUUUGUACAAGAUAGCUGUGGAAAACGUUAAGCAAUUACUUGGUGAAGAAGAAGAGAAAUCAAAAGGAAUCGAAGCAAUAUGUGGCAACACUUAUGUCCAACUUGAAAAAAUUAAGAGCUGUAUUGAAAAUGGUAAUGCUGAGUUCCUUGAUAAGGCGCUUCUAUAUAUCGAAGACACUUCCAUCUAUUUGAAUAGACAAAAAAGAAAAUUUACAACUGGAAGAGAUGCAACACCCAUCCCAGAAACCGUAGCCUUAAAAUACUUGAAGACUAAGGAUAUUCAACCAAAAGAACGUAACGAAGCCCAUUUUAAUGAGCUCAAGGAAUAUGUUGAACAGUUUAGGAAGGGAAGAUUAGGAAGAAUAAGCUGGAAACAAUGCUUAUUAAAGGGCUACGAAGACAAUAUCAAUGCAAUAAAACAGUAUACGACAAGUGAAAGUCUGCGAUCUCAGUACAAUAAGCAUUUCAAAUAAUUCUUCUGUUUUCUAUCGAAAAUAAAUAUAUUAUAUUUAUUUUAUUGACAUAUACUUUUUUAUUAUAAUAAAC